GCUUGCAAUCACUCUGAUGAUAAAAGAAAAUAAUGAGAUUUGGUGUCGUGUUACAGCGUCACUAUGCAUUCUAAUAAAUUUACUUACCUUAAUAAUGUUUUGGGGGUGAAAGAGUGAGGAAGGAUUGGAGAGAGAGAGAGAGAGAGAGAGAGAGUCUGAGCAAAUAAAAGGCCGAGAGAGAUGUAGAGGGAGGAGGGACAGGGAAAAGAGAGACCUGACCGUUGGUGAUGCGUCGGGAAGACUUACCGGACCGGCGACGGAUUUAGACGACAAAGCUUCAUUCAGUACCCAAAACCCUUAAAUUUAUUCAAAUUCUACAAUUUGACACAAAUCAAUCAACUCAAAGCCUCUCAGCCAAUUUCUUGAUCUCUCUCUCUCUCUCUCUCAAUAUGCAUACGAACCGUAGCAUUUGAGCUCUUCGAGCUGCAGAUCUUCCUCGAAAUACUUCUUCUCUUUCAGAUCGAUAUGCGUGGUACUGGAAAGAAAUUGAUCUACCAAGAAUCUGGCAAAUCUUGUUAUUCAAAGGCAGAGUCUGGGUCUAAGCUGAUUGCAUCAUUGAAGCUUAAAAAGGGCAGGAAUAUAUCCCAUUGCAAAAAACACAAACCAAAAUCAAAAUCUCAUGUAAAGACAAUUGGUUCAACGCUUUCAAAGAGGUCAGUUACUGACCCUGCUAGCAGGGAGCCCAAGAAUGAUUCUAUAAGUAGAAGGUUUUUCCGUAGGAAAGUUCUACGUAAACCAACUGAUUCAAAGUCUUCAAGAAAGAAUUCUCCAUCGGGGCUUCAAGGUGAAAAGGCCUUGCCUAAUAUCUCCAAGGGAAAGAGAAAAAAUGUUGAUGGAGAGGUCAAAAUUACAAAUCUUAAGAAGAGGAAGAAGAAGAGAAGGCAAAAGGAUAGCGUGGAGCUCGAUGAAGUUUCCCGUUUACACAGGAGAACAAGGUAUCUGUUGAUUAAAAUGAAACUAGAGCAGAACCUUAUCGAUGCUUACUCUGGAGAAGGUUGGAAAGGUCAGAGUCGAGAAAAGAUUAAGCCGGAAAAGGAACUACAACGAGCCAAGAAGCAGAUAUUGAAUUGUAAACUUGGAAUACGUGAUGCAAUUCGCCAGCUGGAUUCACUUAGUUCAGAAGGAUGCAUUGAAGACUCUGUCAUUGCUCCAGAUGGAUCUGUAUACCAUGAACAUAUAUUCUGUGCAAAGUGCAAGUUACGUGAAGCUUUCCCAGAUAAUGAUAUUAUACUAUGUGACGGGACAUGCAAUUGUGCUUUCCACCAAAAAUGUCUUGACCCUCCAUUGGACAGUGACAAUAUUCCUCCAGGUGAUCAGGGAUGGUUUUGCAAAUUUUGUGAGUGUAAGAUGGACAUUCUAGAAGUAGUGAAUGCCCAUCUUGGGACCCACUUCUCCAUGAACAGUAAUUGGCAGGAUGUUUUCAAAGAAGAAGCUGCUUUCCCUGAUGGUGAGAAUGCAAUAUUAGAUCCAGAGGAAGAAUGGCCUUCAGAUGAUUCUGAUGAUGAUGAUUAUAAUCCAGAGAGGAGGGAAAACAGUUCCAUGAUCAGUGGGGCAGAAUCUGAUGACAAUGUGUCAGAUGACAUUAGUAGUUCUACUAGCCUGAGUUGGUCUUUGGAUGUUGAAUUUUUUUCUGGAAAGGAAGGCAUGGUGUGUGAAAACCAUUUUGCUAAUAACGGUUUAGAUUCUGAUGAAUCCACCGACGGGGGAAUUAUAUUCGGCCCUAGGCAGCGAAGAGCUGUUGACUAUAAGAAGCUAUACGAUGAAAUGUUUGGAAAGGAUGCUUCUGCUUUUGAACCAGUGAGUGAGGAUGAAGACUGGGGUCCUGCUAAAAGAAAGCGGAGAGAAAAGGAGUCUGAUGCAGCCAGCACCCUUAUGACACUAUAUGAAAGUGAGCAGAAGCGUCAAAAUUCUGAGACCAAAGAAUUGAAAAAGAAACUCCCACUAGAAACUUCAACCAGAAGGCCAUUUUUCAGAAUACCCCACAUUGCGGUUGAGAAGCUUCGUCAAGUUUUCGCUGAGAAUGAACUUCCCCCAAGAGCUGUCAAGGAGAAUCUUUCAAAGGAAUUGGGCCUUGAUCCAGAGAAGGUUAGCAAAUGGUUCAAAAAUGCACGAUACUUGGCACUUAAAUACAGAAAGGAAGAGACAGGAAAGCAAUUUCAUAGUUUUAAGGAAUCCAGAUUAGAAAAAUUGAAGAAAAAAGCUGACAAUGUUAUGGUAUCAAACGAUACCUCGGCAGAGAUUAUGAUCCAUAGCCCGAAGAAUGUUAAAAAAGUUUUCCAUAGAAAGAGCCCCAAGUCAUUAAGCCGUGUUUUAAAGAAAAAGCGGCAGAAAAGAUCUUCAUUCAUGUCACCUGCUAAUGGCAAAAAGGAUACAGUGGAGUUCAACGAUGAUGUGAGCUUGAAGAAGCUUUUGGAAGCAAGAACUAAGGAGAGGAAGAGGAUCAGUGUCAUGGCUGGGGGAGGAUGUCAAGCAGCAGAGGUAGAAAUGGAAAGACUUUGCAAAGUUAUGGGUAGACUAGAGACCAUAAAGCUGAAAUUGCUGAGACUUCAAAAUGACAAAGCCGGAGAUUCUGAUAAAUCCCAUUUAUUUCAAGAGUCUGUGAUUUAUGUUCCCAUAGCAGAGCUAAGGGAAAAACUUUGAUCCCAUGCAAUAUUUCGAUUUUUUUUUUUUUUUUUUUUUUUCUGCACAGCCUUUAGUUUUAGUCGUAGCUGGUCGAACUCUACAGAAGUUCGUGUUUACCUAUCUUCUUUCGGUUCACCAGUAAAUAUUUCCUUUACAUGAGAAAUUCAAAGUGAAAAUCUUUACUA